AUGUAUACAAACCCUCGUCAUCCAUGGAUACCUAAGGAUGAUAUCUUCUAUCACCCUCAGCCUCUGCAGCUGCUGCAGCAGCAGCGGCAGCAACAGCAGCAGCAGCAGGAGCAGCAGGACCAAGAGCAGGGGGAGGAGCAGCAGCAGCAACAGCAGCAGCAGCAGCAGCAGCAGCAGCAGGACGAGAUAGAGAGGGUAGGUCCGUUACCAGAGAGGCACAAGGUUAAUCAGGACUAUAGUAUAACCCCUACUAGCAGCAGCAGCAGCAGCAGCAACAGCAGCAGCAGCAGUAGUAGUAGUGGUACAGACGACGGCGAAGGGGAGACACUGCAGCAGAAGGAGCAGCAGCAGCAGCAGGAGCUUCUUGCUGCAUCUCCUUUGCUGCAGCGACUAGAGCAGCUACGUUUCCCUGAUUUGCUGCAGCUGUCUCCUCGUGAGUUGCUGCUGCUGCUGCAGCGUCGUGUACAGCUGCUGUGUCCUGGUGGUGUAGAAGCAACAGCAGCAGCAGCAGCAGUGCUGCUGCAGGAGGAAGGAUGGACAGCAGCAGCAGCAAAACGUUGGCUACUAACAAACCCUAAGGCAUUCAAGUCUAGCUUACCAAUAGACGAAGCAGUUGCUACUGCUGGUGCUGCUGCUGAUGCUGCUGCUGCAGCAGAUGCAGCAGCAGCAGCAGCUGCUGCUGCUGCUGCUGCUAAACCUGAAAAGUCCUCUUCGAAGCGCGGCGGCACAUCAGCAGCAGCAGCAGCAGAGAAAAAAGCUGCAGAAGCAGAAGCAGCAGAAGCAGCGAAGAAAGCUGCUGAAGCUGCUGCUGCUGCUGCUGCUGCAGCAGCAGCACAUGGCCCAUCAGCAGCAAAACGCAUGCGCUCCUUCUUAACAAGAUGGAAGGACUUUGGCUUCUCGUCGCAGCAGCUGCAGCAGCUGGCGCUGCAGCGGCCGCAGCUGCUGCAGCAGCGGCAGCCCCAAAAGAAGUUGCAUGCGUUUUCUACUGUAUGGAUACAAGUCUUAUCUACUAGGCCUUAUUACUGGGGAGGAGAUGACCCCCUAUUAGUGCAGCAGCAGGAGCAGCAGCAGCAACAAGAGCAGCAGCAGCAGGAAGAAGAAGAGUAUAAACAAUGGAUAGAGUGGUGGAAGGGAAAGGGGCCCGUUCCUCCGCUGCGGCCGCAGCAGCAGCAGCAGCAGCAGCAGCGUCGCCCUACAAAGCCUGAAUUGGUGCCGCAUGCAGGUGGUUUGCUGCAGCGUGAGGUGUUUCCUGGUGAGGAAGCAGCAGCAGCAGCAGGUGGUGCAGCAGCAGCAGCAGAAGUUCGUGCUGCAGCACUGAAACGUAUGGAGGAGGAAUCUGCUGCUGCUGCUGCAGCAAGAGAACAAGUGCAGCAGCAACUGCAGCAGCUGCUGCUGCAGCACCCCCAACUUAUUAGUCUUGCAGCAGAAGGCUCAUUAAAGACAAAAUUAUUAUAUAUACAGAACUGCAUGUACACCCCACUGCAGCAGCUGCUGCAGUAUCCUGCUGCACUUACUUACGGUCUAUACACCCGAAUAGUGCCUAGACACCUGGCGCUUGUUAAUGAAUUCUUAAUAAGAGUGCAUGCACGCAGAAAGCCCCAUUCAAUUGAUGAGGGUUUAGAGGCUCGGGUGUAUAGGCAGUUCGCUAAGGAUAAAGAUAUAUGGCAAUAUAGGGAGCAGCUGCUGCAGCAGCAACCGUUGGAUGUAGCAAGACGGCGCAUGCAUCGUUUUUUGCUGCAGCAGCAGCAGCGACUGCAACGACAGCAGCAGCAGCAACAGGAGCAGCAACAGGAGCAGCAACAGCAGGAGGAUGGGGAGGAUGAGGAGGAAGAGGAAGAAAUAGAAGUAAAUAAAGAUAAUUCUUCUUUUUCCUCCUUACUCGUCCUACCCCUACUACACCCAAUAAGAGGAUGGAGAGGACUCACUGCCUUCCAUCCUUAUUGGCUUCCUCCUCUCCCUCCUCUUCGUCUACUGCUGGGAUCGAACGAUCCCACAUUCUGUAAAAUGUUCAAUAUUCCAUAUAGAAGACUUCUUGAGGCAAAACAUGAUGCACAACAAGUCCCAAACCCUCAAAGAAUCUUCUAA